UGGAAACCUUCAGUCUAAAUUCUUUUGAGGCGGUUUCAUUGCCAGAUAGCAUCUGGAACAUGGAGAAGUUGAGGCAUGUACAUGUAAGGCCUGGCGUCGUUAUUCCUCUCUCCUCCGAUGACAGCGGUGUUGAAAACCUCUCUAAUUUAGAGACACUCUCUGCUCUGUUUCUUUAUCUUGACGAAGAGGGAGAGAACUUGUUGAGAAGGAUUCCCAACGUUCGCCGACUUAAAAUUUUCGAUUUGGGGGAACAAAACAGAGUAUGCUGCAACAUGAGUCGACUAGCAUGCCUAGAAUCACUCGCCUGGUUGGGCAGUUACUCCUCAGGUUCAUGGGAGCAUGUUGAGCUUUCUUUUCCCAUGAAUUUGAAGAAGUUGAGCCUUAGCGGUCUGGCUCUUCCCUGUAGAAAAAUGUCAUUGAUGGAACAACUACCCAAUCUUGAAGUCCUCAAAUUACGAGCCCAGUCGACGGAGGGCCAAAAAUGGGAGCUGAUGGAAGGAGGAUUCCCUAAACUCAGGGUCUUGACUUUGGAAUAUGUACAGAUUGUUGAGUGGACAGAGGCAGACCCUGACAGUGAUGAUUACUUCCCGUGCCUUCAGCAAUUAAAACUCCGAAGCAUUUCUAAAUUGGAAAUGAUGCCUUCUUGUUUAGGGCGUAUAUCUACUCUUGAAACCAUUAAAAUGAAUGGGUGUGGAGAUGGCGUCAAGUCUUUGGUAAGGGAAAUUGAAGAAGCACAGGAAUAUAAUGGAAAUGAGAACCUGAAGAUCAUCAUCAUAGAUUGAGCUGGUGCAAUGUCUGGGAGUGUGAUUGUCAUCUGUGUGGUCUGGCUUUCUUUGGUGCUUUUGUGGAAGAUUGAGGUGAAAAUUGAAAGGAUCGAUGGCUCUUUUCUUGUCAAAAUAUGGUGGAAACGACCAAUGAGGUUUGUACGACCAAUGUGUAAUUUCGUUUUGCUGCAUUUAGUGAUGGUUGUGUACUAUUUCUUUUCAAACAUGUGACAAUUUGCUGUUGGUGUAUUUUGUUAUCUUUUUUUUCCUAUUUGAGGUUCAAACUUCAUCAUUUUGACAAAAUUGAUUAACAAUUUAUGUUUGAGAUCAAUCAUUCUUGGAAGAAUAUGACAGCCCAACAGACUUGUGGUCUAGAAAUUCAUGUCGAAAGGAAACCUAUAUGAUCAUCUCUUUUCUGCUC